AUGGGAAGAAGGGCCAGGCACUGCAGCUGCUGUGUGUUUGCUGACAGCAACCCCCCUGCACAGCUGAGCUGGUUCUGGGGAUCCCCAGCCCUGGAGUCUACCCCCAUCUCCAGCACCGGGGUCUUGGAAAUACCACAAGCCGCGGCUGGAGAUGGAGAAGUCACCUGCCGAGCUCAGCACUCACUGGGCUCCCAGCAAGUUUUCUUCAGCCUCUCUGUGCAGAAAGGCCCCCCUCCCUGCAGCUCUGAGACUGAGGAGCAGCAGGGCUCCUGGCCCCUGGUCCUCACCCUGAUCAGGGGGGCCCUCAUGGGGGCUGGCUUCCUCCUCACCUAUGGCCUCACCUGGACCUACUACACCAGGUGUGGUGGCCACUAGGGAGCUGGACUGAGGGGUGUGGCCACGCCUGCUCUCUGUCAUGAGGAGAUUCACCUGAGG